AAUCAGGAAACUGAACUAAAAGCAAGCAAGCUAAUGGCUGAAUUGAAUGCCACCACAAAAGAACUGAAGACAAAGAGAGAAGAAAUUGAUUUAGAAAAAAAAAGACUUGUUGACAAAACAGCGGAAGUUGAUAUUACCAAAGGCCUAAACAUUUAUAAGGCAUGCAGCGAAUGUGCAGUUACCUCAGACUUGCGAAGAAAAUUGACCCAAACAGAAACUGAGCUCGCUCGAAUAAAAAUAGACCUGCAAACAUCACAGCAGGAGUGUAGACAGGCUACAAAGAGGCUUCAGGACGUCCAAGCAAAACAUUGCAGUGAAAUAAAGUUGAUACAGUCUGAGGCGGAAAAACGACUUGAGAUGGAGCUUGCAUCGUCUCAGUUGCGCUCAGAAGAGGGGCUAUCAAAACGAUUGCAGGAGGCCGAGCGGCGGCUCGAUGAGGCAGUUCGGUUAUCCAAACAGCAGGCAGAUAAGGAAGCUCAACAAGCAAGUGUACCAGAUGUUUUAAAUAAGAUUGUAGAAUAA